AUGCCGAUGAUCAAGAAAAAGAAGAUCAAGAAUUUAUGCGGUGGAUGCAUGAAAGGCAAACUAAUGGUGAAAGGUUCUCGUCUCAAUCCCAGACAAAAAACAUCAAAUGUAUUGGAGCUCAUAUACACAGACGUGAUGGGUCCUAUGAAUACGAAGUCGGAAGGUCACGUAACGUAUGUCUUUAGCUUUGUAGACGACUACUCUCGCUAUGUGGUGGCAUAUUUUCUUAAGACCACGAGCAAAUUGUUGAUAAAGUUCAAGAAGUUCAAAGACAUUGUACGAAACACAGUGGAAUCCCCGCGUCAAAUGCUUGCGCUCGGACAACUGUUUGUGUUUGUGAACAAGGCGAUGGACAAGUUUUGCACGCGCAAUGGGAUCGUCGAUCAGAAAUCAGUACCGUACAGCCCGCAGCAUAACGGUGUGUCAGUACGGACAACCUGA